AUGGAGAACUUGCCGAUUGACAGAGCUCUUGGCAUCCAAUGGGAUGUUGAAAAGGAUGCCUUUAACUUCAGAAUUGGCGACAGACUGAAAGAAGAGACACGCAGGGAGAUGUUAUCAUUCGUAGCUUCAGUCUACGACCCACUUGGAUUCGCUGCCCCCUUUGUUUUACCGGCAAAACGAAUCUUACAAGAAUUAUGUCGUGUUGGAUAUGGAUGGGAUGAAAAGGUACCAGAAGAUCAACUGUCGAAUUGGAGAGAAUGGAGGAAAAAACUACCUACUUUGAUGACACUAGCUAUACCUAGAUGCUACAAACCAACUGGUUUCAGUCAAAUACAAACAGUGGAACUCCAUAAUUUCUCUGAUGCCUCCUUAGGAGGUUAUGGGGUUGCAUCUUACCUGCGGCUGAUAGAUACAAAUGGUACAAUUCAUUGCAGUUUGCUGAUGGGAAAGUCCAGGGUCGCUCCGCUCAAAGCCAUGACAGUACCAAGGCUUGAACUAACAGCAGCUACAGUUGCAGUUAAGAUUAUUCAUGAUGCUUCAUCUCCAUCACAAUGGUACCAUGUCAGUUCAGAGUUCAAUCCAGCAGACCAUGCAUCACGAGGAAUAAAAUUGAAUGGUUCUAAUGAGGCAGCAAUAACCACAUGGUUCCAUGGUGCAGCAUUUCUAUGGCAACCUGAAUCAGAAUGGCCAGGCCAACCUACUGACCUACCAGAAAUUGAUCGUGACGACAAAGAGCUGAGAAGGAAGGUCCAAGCAACAACCAUUACCCAGUGCAAUACAAUGGGUACAGAUGUUUGGAGUCGUUUGCUCCAUCAAUACUCCUCUUGGUAUAAAUUACAAGUGAGUGUUGCAUGGCUCAUCCGGUUUAAGAUGUACUUGAGAAGAUCUGCCUUAUUGAAAAUAGGCCCGUUAACAGUUCAUGAACUUUCCAUUGCUACCACUGACAUUUGCAGAAUUGUCCAACGAAGUUCAUUUCCAAGAGAGUUUGCUUCACCGCAAAAGAUUCUGAGUGAGAAACCUGAUGCUGAAGGUUAUGUCAGUCCACUGCGAAAGUUAAACCCUAAAUUAGAAAAUGGAGUCCUACACGUCGGAGGACGACUAGUGAACGCACCCAUUAGUCAGCAAGCUAGACAUCCAAUUAUAUUACCUCGCAAUCAUCAUGUAACUGAGUUGAUCGUUCAACAUUACCAUGAACAACAAGGACAUAUUGGCCCAAACCAAGUGUUGUCAGAGAUACGACAGAAGUUCUGGAUUGUUCAUGGACUAGCUACUGUAAAGCGUGUGAUUGGUAGGUGUAUUAAGUGUCGUCGAUGGAAUGCACAACCCGGGAAUCAAAAAAUGGCUCCACUUCCUGCAGCUAGAGUGACACCAG